CCGUGUUUGAGCGGUGCUCGCUGGGGGAUCUUUUUCGGUUUGUCCCGGCAGCUCGCUGGUGCUCAUGGAUGUUUCGACCUUGAAGAAGAGACAGUGAGCCAGUAUUUGUAACAGGAUGGUAUUAAGAAAAAGACUAAAAUGGUGCCUUUGUAGUUGGAGCGCUGCCGCUGUAGCUGUGGAGAAAGUUAGCCAAUGAUUAGCAUCCCGUUAGCUCAGGAGCUAAUGAUUAGCAUCCCGUUAGCUGAACGAGCUAAUGAUUAGCAUCCCGUUAGCUUAGGAGCUAAUGCUAGGCCGAGAGCUUCCUUGGGGUCGUCAGGGUGGUUUAUUGUUUUCUUCUUCUCUGUUUUAAAGCAGACAUUAGUAGAUAUUUUUUAUUUUUUUUUGUCUUUUGCUCACUUUGGUGAAUAAGGCUCUGAGAUGAAGAGAGUGAACAGCUUUCAGAGGUUCAUGAACAGAAAGGCCUCUGCGAACUGCCGCUAUCAGCCCACCUGCUAUGAGCAUGCUGCAAACUGCUACACCCAUGCAUUCCUCAUCAUGCCGGCCUUCGUGGGCAUGGCGUUGCUGCAUCGUCUGUCGGACAACGGCUGGGAGAAGAUCACUGCCUGGGUGUACGGCAUGGGCCUGUGCGCCCUCUUCCUCGUCUCCACUGUGUUUCAUAUCAUCACCUGGAAGAAGAGCCACAUGAGGUCCAUGGAACAAUGUUUCCACAUGUGUGACAGAGUGGUCAUCUAUUUCUUCAUCGCUGCCUCCUACACACCUUGGUUGAACCUGCGUGAACUGGGCCCUCUAGCAGCACACAUGCGCUGGUUUGUGUGGCUCAUGGCUGCUGCUGGAACCAUUUAUGUCUUCAACUAUCAUGAAAAGUAUAAAGUUGUUGAGCUGGCCUUCUACUUGAUGAUGGGAUUUUUCCCUGCGUCGGUCGUGACAUCAAUGAGCAACACGGAGGGCCUUCAGGAGCUGGCCUGCGGCGGACUCAUCUACUGCCUCGGCGUGUUCUUCUUCAAGAGCGACGGCGUCAUCCCCUUCGCACACGCCAUCUGGCACGUGUUCGUGGCGCUGGCGGCGGCCGUGCACUACUACGCCAUCUGGAAAUACCUCUACAAGACCCCCACCGCGGACGCCCUCCUCCAGUCGUGACCGUAGGCGAGGUGGAGUAGGGGGGGGCUCGAGGUCGCCCGCACACACCGACUCCCUCAACUGCCCGCUGGAGCCGCAGCGACAGCCGUAACGUUUACUCAAAUAAUGACCGUGAAUUGUUUACUGUUUUCUAACAGAUCUCUCAGCGUCUCCAUGACGAACAAAAAAAAAAAAGCUUCUUUCAAAAGCCGUUUUGUACAACUUCAGUCUAAAACAAAACUUGACAGUGAGGGAGAUUUUGACUUUUUACAAUGAAUCCUGGCACAUUCAGUAUUUGGAUAUUUGAUAGGAAGUCUUUUUGUAUCGUUUUGAAGGGAGACACAUUCCAUGUUUGGGUGAUUAUUGUCAAAAAUGUGGGGAUUCAUCCAUUUUGAACACUGGGGAUAUCGAGUGAGGUGCUAAGAGUCUGACCUGAUUUUCUUUUUCUUUUUUAGACUUUGCUUUUGAGAAGUAUAAACAAAAAAACUGCUUUUUUCUCCAAUUAAUAAUAAAAGUAAACCAAAGAUCUUAAAUUUAAUUUGAACAGACGUACAAAAACUUUAGAGAUAAAUAGAAAUAAAUCAGUCGAUUAUGAAUCUGACCAGAUAUAUCGUUUUAAAAAGUGUUCAGACAGAUUUGAAGUUAUUUUCAUGGAGGAAGGAAAGAAAUGACGAGAAAAAGCUCUCCGUGUUAUUUAGUUUUUCCAUUUAUUUUUGUAAUUUUCUUUUUACAGUGAUGAUGUCGUCAACCCAUAUGAUCCACACACUCUUUUCGACCAAUGUUUUGUUUUUGUGUCCAAAUGCAGUCCUCUGUAGUCAGGGAUCCACAGUGUCUCCUCUUUAAGUGAUUUAGCGCCCCCUGCUGGUGGGGCCAGGCGGUAACAAACCGCAUUUUAGGGCGAGCUGGGAUUUUAUUAAAUGAGCCAAACGAUGAGAGAAAAUCUGUUUCAGGUAAUGCGAGGAGUACUUUCUCAUUAAUGUGAACAGCAGAGUGUGCAUGCUCGACCUUUGUACUGUAGUCAAGUGUUUCAUUUCCACUGAUUCUCCUCGAGGACCAACGGUUUUCCUCUCUGGAUUCUGAAGCGGGAGUUUGAUCGCUGCAGAAAAUCUCAUCUUUUGUGUACAUUUGCUUAACGGCUCCAGAUUCCUAGCGCGUGAUGCUUUUUCCUCUUAGUGGAGCUGAAUGAUUGCAUAUUUUCUUAAUUGUGGCUCUUGGUUAAUAACCACUGUAUUUUGUAAUGUUUGUAUAUUCUGUUUGUUCGUUCCAUUGAUUACAUGAUCCUGGCCUUCUGCAGGAGGGGAAAAAACAAAAAAAAACUGCUGCUUUUUUUUGUCUGUUCCAUUGGGUGUUAAUGGUGCUGCUGCAUAUAAACAUGAAUGCCCCUCCGCUAUACUGAGUACCACCUUUCUAAUGUGACAAUAAAAAAUGCUAAUGCCCGGAGCUUCA